AUGAGGCGCGCGUUGGUUUUACUAUCAUUGGUUGGAGCAAUAGUCGGGGAGGCGCCUUACCACCUGCCUCGGCCGGGCCCGCACACUCCGGCACUGUACUACCCUGUUGCGCCUGCCCCACCACCACCACCUCCGUCACAACAUAUCUAUCCUCAACAGCCACCUUUCAUUACGGGCCCUGCUCCAGCACCGCAGUACCCACCUCAACAACCUGCCUCACCUAACAUUGGAUACAACUACCCGGCGCCAAACCCAAACUAUAUACAGCCACGCCCCGCACCACAGCCAAUUCAUUAUCAACCUGCACCUCCAGCACCAGCUCCAUACUAUCCUGUCCCAGCACCCGCACCACAGUACCACCUACCGGCGCCAAUACCUCAACCACAGCCAGUACCUCAACCACAACCCAUACCUCACCCUGGACCUGUAGUCUACCCACAACCAAGUCAAGCUUACGGGUCCCCUCAAAUCGACAUUCGCAGUGCACCAGCACCGCAAUACAUCGCUCCUCAACCAGCACCACGGCCUCAACCAUUACCUCAACCUGUUGCACCGGUUCUACCAGCUCCAAUCCCUUACCAGCAACCUGUCCAACAAUACCAACAACAGCAAUAUCAGCAAUCAGGAUAUUCCUAUCAACAACCAAUACAAGCAAUCCAGCCUUUUCAAGCUCAGCCGAUAAAUAGCCCUCAACAAUCAAACGCAUUCUCAAGUUACCAGGCAGAUUCGAACCAAUAUAGUUCCAACGAACAAGUUCACAGGGACGCUCUCGAUCCUAUAGUAGUGAAUCGUGUUCAAAGUAUUAUCAAGAACGACGAACAUGAUGUAGCGCGUAACGCCGGAUACCAGUCCUUGGUCUCGGGCGUAUCUCUCGAGAAUGCUAGACCGAGCGUGGAAAUUUUAUCUUUCGCACAUACAUCCAGCUCUGGUUCAAAUGCAUCAGUCUCUUCAUCCGUAGCAGAGGGUCCCCCGUCAGUGUCCAGCCCUUCAGUUAGCUAUGGCCAACCGACACUGUCCGAACAAUCAGAGUCAAGCGGCUCAUCAAGUUUUAAUUUCUUACCUCAGAAUAAACCAGCCACAUCGUAUGGCCAACCAAAUUAG